AUGAACAAUGUUACUACUUUUCCGGCACCUGUGGCUGCGGCUGCUUCGUGGAACACCACAUUGCAGUAUACGUUCGGGCAGGCUCUUGCCGAGGAGCAUCUAGGUAAAGGCCGGAAUGUCGUGCUUGCGCCAACAAUUAACAUCGUCCGCUCGCCUUCGUGGGCUCGCGCCGCCGAAUCUUUCUCUGAGGAUCCAUAUUUAACAGCGCGGAUGGCAGUUGCUGGAGUCAAGGGGAUACAGAGUACGGGAGCCGUCGCCUGCCCAAAGCAUUUUGCUGCGUACAACCAGGACACUAACCGGUUUGGACUCGAUCCCGGUUGGGAUACAGUGGAUAUUAUCGCCGACAAGCGUGCUCUGCACGAAUUGUACUUCCCCGCCUUCAAGGCUUCAGUGCAGGAGGCAAAGGCUGGCUCCGUAAUGUGUUCAUAUAACAAGUUGAACGGCUUCUUCGCAUGUGAAAACGAGUGGCUUCUGAACAAGACACUAAAGUCGGAGUGGGGAUUUGACGGGUUUGUGGUAGCUGACUGGUAUUUCUCUACAAGAAGCACUGUAGCUGCUGCAAAUAAUGGGCUCGACAUUUCCAUGCCCGGCGGUAGUUUCGAGAGCAGCUAUGGGUUUCCUGCCUAUUACGGAGAGCUUCUUGCAGAGGCCGUUGCCAAUGGUUCGGUACCAGCCUCACGCAUAGAUGAUAUGGUUAUGAGGCUUUGGCGCCCGAUGUUUGCUGUCGGUGCUAUCGAUGAGCCAGUGUCUGGACACUCACUUGCCAAUGUCAGGACUCGAGAACAUCUCGAUCUUGCACAGAAGAUGGCCGAGGAUGGGACAGUUCUUCUCAAGAAUGAAAAGGCAACCUUGCCGAUCUCGAAAAAGAAAUACGGGAAGAUUGCUGUCUUUGGUGUGGAUGCUACUAAUGAGAGCCAAGUGACAGAAAAUCAUGGUGGAUUUGUAAUUGAUUCCACCAUGGCUGUACAGGCUCCUUUCGACGCACUCAAGGCACGUGGAGAAAAGGAAGGCAUUAUUGUUAACUAUUCGGAAGCGUACCCUGGCACAGGUGAGUUCGAUACUGUCGACUCUACGUACUUUCAGAACGGUAGUCUUCAGGUUCAAUAUUACACCACUUCCGACUGGUCUGGGCCGGUCAACCAAUCCACCACGGUUCACAACAUAACAUCCGCUUCGUAUCCCUCCGAACUCUGGGUCUCGUACCCUCAGGUCUGGUCAGCUACAUACACCGGUAAAUUCAUUCCACGGACUAGUGGAGUGCAUUACUUCUCGAUGACGGGCCAAGGUGAUGCGUUGUUCUAUCUCGACAAUACUCUCGUUGCCAACAUGUCCAAGGCGAAUUUUGGAAAUACUAUUCAGGGCACGGCUUCCUUGUUGGCUGGUACUGAGUACUCCCUGCAGCUCAACUACUCCAUGGGAUAUUCUCUCUCGACAGGGGCCUAUGGUAUUACACUGGGACUUAACCAGGCAGACAAGACACGCGAUUUGGAGGCCGAUGCACUUGCCAGUGAGGCCGACCUCAGCAUUAUUUUUGCUUCAGAUCGAUGGUCCGAAGGUAAUGAUAAUAAUCUCAAUCUUGAGCUGCCUGGUGACCAGAAUUCCAUCAUCUCGCGAUUGGCCAAGAAAAGUCAAAGAACAAUUGUUGUUCUCAACACCAAUUCGGCCGUUCUCAUGCCAUGGAUUGACGAUGUUGAUGCCGUGUUAGAGGCUUGGUAUGGUGGACAACAAAUCGGAUUGGCUCUAGAAAGGCUGAUGUACGGUGAUAUUAGCCCCAGCGGCAAAUUACCGGUAACUUUCCCGAAGACGAUCGAAAAUGCUAUCCAAAUAUAUGGUGACAUCCUCACGCCUUACGAAGAGGGUUUGAAUGUCGGGUAUCGUCGCUUCGAUUCCCUUAACCUUGAGCCUUUAUUUCCCUUCGGUCAUGGUCUUACAUAUACGAGCUUCCGACUGGAUGGCCCACUUCGAGUGCAGCAUUGCGCUUACAAUAUCACGGCCAGCGCUUCGCUGAUCAAUACCGGGACCAUGAGCGCCUACCAGGUUGUCCAACUCUAUGUGUCUUAUCCCGACGUUGCGGAUGAGCCACCAAAGCUGCUCAGGGCGUUCGAAAAGUUCUUAGUUGCUCCUGAUGGAGUACAGUCUGUGGUAUUAGCUGUGAAGAUGGAGGAUCUUAACAUUUGGAAUGAGGAAGUUGAUGAUUGGCGCUUUGUCAGUGGGGCAUAUACUUUCAUGUUGGGCUUUUCCGCAGGCGACAUCAAGCUGAAGAAAACAGUCUUACUCUAG